AUGACGGAGGACCGGCAGCCGGCUUUUCAAACUCUCACUCUGCCUUCUGUCAACGCUGCGGGUGAUCAUUUCCUGUAUGGCGAGGUGCCAGCCACCGCUACCCUGAAGACCGAAAUCAACGAGGGUACAAACUACUCGAGAGACAUGAACGUCCUAUUCGCAGCCGCUGGAGAUCUCAGGAACGUGGUGGCAACCUUCUGUGACCUGCCGAAUGACAAAGGUCAGACCGUGACCGCAGUAGUACUGGACCGGGACGGUACGGUGAUCACACGAAACCUCAUCAUACUGCUCGUUUUGCUCUACGUUUCCGACGAAGCGAUAGCGAUGGACUGCGUCAUCCACAUCUGGUAUUCUGCCUUCCUACGCCAAAGCCAUGUGGAAAUCCUGCAGACCCAGAUCCGCCCACUCAUUGAGGACAUGAUCAGUCGAGUCAGGGAUCGCAAGGAGAAGCCACUCCAAAAGAGAGCCUGGUUGCCGUUCAAGACCAGCUGCGUGCGGGCAAUGUUGCAUAAGAGCCAAUGGGUUUCAGUACUGGCGCACCUCUCCGUAACAGAAGAGUUCGAUAUGGCCGGAGCUAUCCAGAUCAUGAGGCAAUCAAGAAUCUUACCUGGGCGGAAGGACUUCAUGGAACGCAGGGUGCUGAUGCUACAACGGCCGCGUCGUGUUCCUUACUUGGAGUAUCGUUGGCGUGGAGUCUUGCUUCCGUUCGGUCACUCUCGUGAGGCUUUCACGGUCCUCAACCCGACAUUCUUCCACAAUGGCCAGUGGCGGAUGGGUGACUUGUCUGAUCCCAUAGACGGCUGGCCGAUGCCAAACCUCGAAGCAACAGCCAACGGCGACGCAGAGCACGACAUUUAUGGAAAGAUGUAUCAUUUCGUGCGCGAUCACUUCACGUUUCUACAUCGACAGCUUCGCAACCGCAAUAUCAACAUCGAUGUCCUGUGCCAAGAUGCUGCGGAUUUCAAGCAUUAUUUGAAGCCUCCCGCAUUCCCUAGGGACGCACGGUUCGACCGCAUUGAGGCAUGUCAGUCAAUCAUUGCCUAG